AGGAUGCAACAUGGCUGUGAGAGCCGGAUGAAUUAUUCACACCAGUAACUACUGGGAUAGAUACAAUUACAGUGUUUAAGUUGCAGCAGUGAGCGAGGAUCAGCUGCGCGGACAGAGAGCGGCAACUGCUGGAGACAAAACCGAGUCGGAGUCGCAUCUCUCCGCGUCAUAGUUGGAGCGGGCCCGCCCAGACUCUGGAGCAGCUCCGGGACACAGCAGGCAGAUGCACAUCAGCCGGAAGGAAGGCUGCUGUCCGCCCUGAAGCCGAGCUCAGCACAUGAGAUGUGGAUGACGCGAAACGGCUCCUCGCGCUGCUUCUUUCAGUGAGCUUCGUUGUGUGAACAUGGACACCAUGGACUUCCCAGGUCAUUUCCAGCACAUCUUCCAGCAGCUCAACCACCAGCGCCUGCACGCUCAGCUGAUUGACUGUGUGGUGCUGGUGGGAGGACAGAGCUUCGAGGCUCACCGCUCCAUCCUGGCAGCAUGCAGCUCUCACUUCCGAGCCCUCCUGAGCUCCAGUGACGCUGGUGAUGAGGUUGGAGGAGCUUGGGUCGACAGAGGUGAAGGCCCCAGUGUGAUAGAUCUGGAUCCAGAGGUGGUGACCCCCGAGGCCUUCUCCACCCUGCUGGACAUGAUUUACACCUCCACCCUCUCCCUGGGACGCUCCAACGUGAUGGACGUUCUGCUGGCCGCCUCGCACCUCCAUCUGAACACUGUGGUGAAGGCCUGCAAGCUCCACCUGUCCAGGAAGAACUUCCCUGCGUCGCCGCCCAAAGGAUGGAGGUCAGUUCAACAGCAGCAGCAGCAGCAGCAGUGUCCUCCCUCACAGGCCGAGAGUUCAUCCUCCCUUCAACUGGUCUCGUCUGCCAUGGAGGAGGACUCGGAUGAAGAUGGCGAGGUAGUAGAGGUGAGCCAAUCGAUGGGGGAGGUCAGGGGAGUCAAUGGAGAGACAGGUGCAGCCGCACCGUCCUCGAGGUUCAAAAGGAAGUCCCACGAGGACAGGCUCAGCGGCAGGAAGAGAAGCUGCAGAAUGCCUGAAGGAAACUACAAGGAGUGUUCUCCCACUGUGACCAGCAGAAGCACUGUCAGUGCAGAGGAUGGAGGAGAUGAUCCGCUGUCCCGAGACCACCUGAGGACAGCUGAUGGACUUUUGGAGAACCAAGGGGAUGAGGAGGUGGAGGAGAAAUACGAAGCAACCAGGGGAGAGUCAGAGGAGAUCCAGCUGCCGAGCCAGUCGGACAGCAGCACGGGAGGUGCGGGGGCGUUGAAGAAGGAUGGAGAUACAGAUGGAGACACGGUGGUGAAGGUGAAAGUGGGAGAAGAAGGGGAGGAAGAGGCAGAGGAGCCAAAGAUGGUGAUGAUGGAGGUGAAAAAGGAAAAUCUAAGCUCGUGCUCCCCAGAUUCAGAUUCUCCUCCACCUCCACCAAUAGACUGCACAGACAAUUUGAGCGCAGAAGUAAAUGAUGAGAAAAUGUCCACGGCAGCCGACCCAGCAGUGGAUGGUGUUGGCUGUUUACAAUCUCAGCUGUGCACAGAUCUUCAGACUGACACACACAGGGACGAUGGGGAUUUGUGUGAGGACGCUGAAGGCCUGGACAGCCUGUCAGAGCUGGCCUUCUCCUGCUUCCUCAAUCCCAGCGCCCUGGGAGCCCUGGAGGAAGAAGACAGCCUCGCUAGUCUCACAGCUGCUGCCACUGCAGCCGCCGCCGCCGCCAGCGAUGCUGGAAAUGUAGGUGAACCAUGUCAAAUCUCAGAAGAGGCAAGCAUCCCUUUAGCUCAGUCCUCUGAUUCCUCCUCCUCUCUUGUUUUUCCAGUAACCUCUGUCCCUCUGCAGCAGCUUCUUCCGACUCAGAGCUCUGGUUUUAGCGACACGCUCAUCCUGCAGCCCACCCAGAACUCUUUAGCAGGGUUUCUAAGCGGCAUCAGACCCAGCCUCAGUUUGGAAGCCUCCCUCGUCACAUCCACACCCUCUAGAGGUGGGACAGGCUCAGGUGCAACAACCUUCCGUCGCAUUGCUCCCAAGGUGGUGCCUGGGUCAGAGGCCGGCGCAGAUCCGUCCUCCUCCUCUUCUGGAUCAGCGGGGGAUGCUGCUGCUGAUCGGCCGCCUCUAACCAGAGCUUCAGAGGACGUUAUGUCCAAGUGCAAGAAGGCGGCAGCCGAGGACCAUGUGCUGUUAGUAGAAGGGGAGAAGAAAUAUGCCUGCAGCAUCUGCUGCAAAACCUUCAUGAACCUGACUGACUGUAAGAAGCACAUUCGUGUCCACACGGGAGAAAAGCCCUACCCCUGUCCGAAGUGCGGCAAGCGCUUCAGCCAGUCGUCCCACCUGUACAAGCAUUCCAAGAACACGUGUGUGAACUGGAAAGACGAGCAGUCAUUCCCAGAACUGCUGCAAUGACCUCUUUGCUAGAGGACUAAAAAUAAAUUAUACUAUGAAUCUUAUUAUUUCUGAAUCUCAUACACUUGUUCCAUGAAAUCAAAAAUCAAAUUGGUUAUGUAGUAAUUUUUAUGUUUUAUUAAAAGCUGUUUUUUCCCAUAAGUGAAAUAUCGAUGUAGCAAAACCGAUGUGAAUGCACUGAAACUAUUCUCAAAGAAUAACAUGGUUGAUGUCACUAAAAUUAACAGUGAUGAGAAAAUAAAGAAUUGCACUCA